GAAUCCCCUUCCGCCCUCAAUGGUGUUGCUGGUUCUCCCUCUGCCUCACUCAUGGAGAAACUCCCCGUAGAGAUCCUCUGUGAAAUUAUUGAUUACCUAACUCCACAUGAGCGGGUACAACUUCAAUCUGUUUCAAAACGGUUGUUUCUGGUCGCCCGUGACAAUAAUCUCUGGAGACUCCACUGCUACGAAGAGUCAUGGAGCGCCACGCGAGCCUCUCGUUCCGCUAAUGGCCACGGCUCCGAGAGCCUUGUCACCAUCUCUACCGCACCGCUGAGUGUCCUAGGGCAGACUACCCUUCGAUCCCUCAUUCAGCCCCAUGCUGGGAAUGACGGGGUUGGUGCUAAACCAUCCGAUCGGGCGCCGUCGUUUGGUCUCCGAUCGCGAGCGGCCACGGAGUGGGACCCGUCGUACGAGGGUGAAGAUGUGAACUGGUACUCGGAGUAUAUCGCACGGAACGGGCCUAUCUCGCUCAGCUGGAUGCAGCGCCCGUUCACAAGGGUGGAAGGCCAGAAACGAAGGGUGUAUCGUGAAGCAAAGGGCAUGGGGCUGCUGCGAGACUGGAGCUCAGCCAGGGAAAACAAAGUCAUCGCUCCUCUGGACGAUGGCAGUGUUUGCAUUUGGGACCUCAACCACUCCCACUCGAUUGGGUCUCAAGAGACCAAGGGUAAGAUGAUUGGCGUCAGCGCCCCGGGCAUCUUGAUGACGAACCUAUCUGGCAGGAGGGACCACGCCGCGGCAAAACAGUCUCUGGAAUAUGUGAAUCUUGGGGAAUGUGUGAGCGUCGACUCCAUUCGUCGAAGGGCUUAUCUAGCCGUGGGAAAUGUCCUGAACGAAGUCGAUCUGGAGACCUUGCGGGUGGUCUCUCAACAACGCUAUCCUUGGUCCGUGUUCGCCUUGUCCCAGGAAACGGACUAUUCCGUGCCGUUGACACUCGCUACGACGCUGAGUCUACACAUCUACGACGGUCGAUUGUCGGCAAGCGAGGAGGAAGAAGCCAUUAACCUACGAUGCGAAGAGCCAACUGUUUCGUUGGUUCCAAAGUCACAGCUGUACGCUCCGCCCGACUCGCCGCUUCUGCAACUGCAACCUGACGGCCGACCUCCGCACCGUAUCAGAAGCCCGGGUCCCUCACAGAACACCGACGAUUAUGCACCGCUCUUCCAACCAGGGCCCCUCUCAUUGCUGCACCCCCCAGCGCCGCAUGUUCACUCGAUCUUCCUCGCCGGCCGCUUCCCAAGCAUUCUUCAGUACGACCGCCGAUACUUUCCGCGGCUGCAAAACACAAUACACUCCGGUGGUCAGCUUUGUGGCCUUGCAGCCGUUCCCGCGCCACGAUUUCCCAUCUCCGACUCAAGCUUCCCCUCCUCACACAAGCUAGUUGCCUGUGGCGACUAUAAAGGCAGAGGGUCACUUGAAUUGUACAACCUCGCCCCAUCCAACGACAGCGAUAUGAUCAACUCGUCCGGGUCGUCGUCUGUGGUGUCGACGAUGUAUCACAACCGCCAAAGUGUCGCCAGAUCCAAGGUACUAUCCGUUGAAUCCCACGGUACCCGCAUUGUAUAUUCGGAUGGGGAUGGGAAUAUCAAAUGGGUGGAGCGUGACGGCCGGUCCGAAGUCCGUCGCCUCAACAUCAACAGCUACCAACCCCCACACCAUCACCACCACCACCACCAUCAUCAUCAUCAUCAUGGUCACCACCAUCAUAAUACUCGAGUAGGUUCCUCCCACCGCCGCCACCACUCCAGCGAAACUGGACACCAGCCACGAGCAGCAGACGGCGACACAGACCUCGCCACCGGUCUGUGGGGCUUGUCCCGAUCCCACAGCGAAGGCGAGGUCGCCCGCAAGAUCCUCCCCACCGGCGGCAGCCUGACAGGUGACGAGCUCCUCGUCUGGACAGGCGAACACAUCGGCCGAGUCCGAUUUGCCUCCGCCAGCAGUGCGGAUUUCGAAGACGAGGACGACGAGGACGACGACAUGCUGAUGGACAUGGACCUGGAUGAUGCUGCGCGCGAGGAGCUCCGAGCCAAACGACGAGAGCUACGUCGUCGAGAAAACGAAUACGCGAAUGCGAUGCGCAGGGCGCUGGAGAGGCAGGCUGAUGAGGUGCGACGCAUGGGAGGACUUGGCCUUUAGAUUGAUGAGAAUCAUGCCAAAUCAUCCCUUAAACACGAUAUCUCAACCGACUAGCAUUUGUUUUGAUACCAUUACAUUCUCUCUACCUCUCGUGCUUUAGCGGACGAGUCCGGCGGGUCUUAUGGAUUUUCCUCGCCCGUGUGUGUCGCUUGAACUUUGGCUUUGUAUGUACCCUGCUGCUCGUUUACCUGCAUGAUAGACCGCUUGGCUUUGGUUGAUUUGCUCUCUUGCUGCCGAUGUUGCGACGUAUAGAGUCUUUUGGUACAAAAUCCAGCAUUUGCCUCGAAUUGUAAGAAUUACUAAGGUGCUGAGACUGCAGUGUUGCAGUUGAGAUACAGAGGCAUCCGCC